AUGACGGAAAAAUAUCAACUGGAGAAUCCAAAUUCUCAUUAUCUAGCCAACCUCAACAAUCUCAACCUCACGAAUAACCAUGUCCAACUUGGGCGGUUACCGACAUUAGGAGAAAUUCUCUCCAACAAAACAAAGUCGCCUAUCAACUUGUCCAACUACUACCUAUACAUGCAAUAUGUGGAGCGCAAUUCGGAUUACUUGGAUUUCUGGUUUGAUUUGGUCAAUCAUCUCAAUUUGUGCAAACAUUAUGUGAAAGGAUUGCGUGAAUCCAUUGUGAGGAAUUCUACCCAUAGUAUGGGCGGCAACGGCUUUGCCAGCAACAAUCCAUUUGGCCCAACAUCACCCACAGACAACAAGCGGGAUCUGUUGCCCCUUUCAGACCGGAGCAAGCAUCGUUCGCUUUCGCUGUCAAUGCUUUUAGAUUUGAUCAUUAACGACCACAUUCUAGAAGACAACGACUCGAACAGGUUGUCUGAGUUUCUUCGGGGUGACAUCAACCUCAACACUGUAGACCCCAAGUUGAAAGAAUUGAUUGAGAACAUCAACUCCGAUGAGUUGACUCAACCUUCUCCAAUCAUAGAUUCGGCUCCGUACUCGCCGUACCAGGAAAAACGAAUCUCCUCCAACUCAAAACUCAUGGAGGAUAUCACAUUUGAUCUCUCCCAACAGUCUUAUCCUAGUGCGGUUCAGUCGCCGAAUCUGCAGACCCAGUUUCCAGGACAACCAGGAAACAGACGCUCUUCACUUAAUCCGUCAUUGGUGGAGAAACUCAUCAAGCAGAACUCUCACACUAACUCGUUUAUCUCCAGACAAACGUUGAAGGACUCGUCGCACAACUUGCUCUUGAAGUAUUUCGUUCAGGACUCAGAAAAGAAUCUUAACGUUCCUCCACAACUUAAUCUGUUCAUCAUUAAUGCCAUCGAGGUAGAUGGAAGAGACGACCCCGAUGUGUUUACAGGUGUCAAGAGAUUUGUUUUCAACAAGCUUGAAAACGACUACUUGCCAAACUUUUUGAACUUCGUGGCCAUCAAAAACGUCAACAAGACUAUCAAUGCCAGAAUGAUUGUUGGUUUCAUCUUUCUCUUCUUCUCUUUCUGGAUUGGAUUUGCUUUAAUCUUCUUGAAUGAGCCUAAACGUUACCGAUGUGUUGUCAUCUUAACGUUCUUCGUGUCGUUCUACUGCUUGGUUUCAGCCAUCUAUAGGGUCGAUCCGAUCUUGGCUGCCAUUCAUCGAACCGAGUCGUUUAUUCCCAACAAAACCUUCUGCCGAGUGGAUGACAAGUUCAUUUCUCGGUUGCUUAUGAAGCGUGCAGCAUGGGUACUCUUUUUGGUGAUAUUGUUAACGGCCGUCUUCUGCAUUAUCUUCUGUCUUGUACCAGGGCACAGACUUUAA